UAGUUAUAAAAAUAUUCUUUUUCAUUAUUUUUCAUCAUCAAAUAUUUGUGUUUUUAUAUAUAAAUAUUUAUAAGCAAUAUUUAUUUUAACAAUAAUCAAUAUUACAUUUUAAUUAAUUUAUCUCGUUAUAAUGAAAAAAGAUAUUUUUGAAAUAAUUAUAUUAAAAAUAUAGAAUUUUUAAAUAUAUAUAUUUUUCUUGGAAUUCUGCAACAUUAUCCUUAAGAUUUAAAAUUUUUAUAAACAAUGGAUAUUUGGUUAUUUCUUUUUUUUUUAUUGUAUCGUGGAUAAAAUCAUAUCAUAAAACGAGUAAUAUUUUUUAUUUCUCAUUUCAAAUAAACAUAAUAUGAGAGCAAUAAAAAAAGAAACUUGACAUCAGUUCUUAUUAUUGUUAGCUAUACACAUAUAUCGAAAGAGUAUAUGUGCUACAGGGGCUGCUCUAAAUAUAGCAUAUGCUCGAAAUAUAACUAAGCGCGCAACCUUAGCCAACAACUACAAAAGUUGUAUAGGUAUUUAACGCGUCGUUCUCGAAAAUGUGCGAAGCGCGCUGUAAUAAUGUGUUUAAAACAAGCAAUACCGGAAGUACAUUGUCAUCCAUUCGGAUUUCAUCUGUAAAUAAAUUAUCUAUCGAUCCAAUUUUGCAUUAACGAAAAAUAUCGUUAUUUUAUAACAUAAAAUAUCAUUUGGCACACAGUAUCAACUUUGCAACUAAAUACUACGAAAGAUCGUGUCGUAUUAAUCGAAUUUGGCGAGACCUUAGAAAAUUCAAGCGACACACAUUAGAUAUAUAACACACGAAGGAAAGAUUCGUAGUUGUGAUUUGUUUCUUUCGUUCACAAUUAUUCGAAUAUGUGAAACAAGUGUUAGCGAAGAAAUUUAUGCAAUAAUUGAAUAAAAAGACAUUGCUUUGUGUUAAAUAUCGAGUUAAUAUCAACAAAUAAUGGACGAGGAGCAGGCUCAUGAUGCUAAGCAACAGAUUGCAACUAGUCCAGAGGAUACCGAGGACAUACCUGCUGGACAACAAGGUCCCCAAGUUCCCAGACGCAGAGGAGGCAUCUCUGCAGAGCCAGUUUCCGAAGAAGAUGCGACUAGUUAUGUCAAAAAAGUCGUACCUAAGGAUUAUAAAACAAUGGCUGCCCUGAGUAAAGCGAUUGCUAAAAACGUCCUCUUUGCUCAUCUUGAUGAGAAUGAACGUUCUGAUAUUUUUGAUGCUAUGUUUCCUGUUACUUUUUUGCCUGGAGAAGCAAUUAUUCGGCAAGGCGACGAAGGCGAUAAUUUUUAUGUAAUCGAUCAAGGAGAAGUCGAAAUCUUUGUUAAUGGUGAAUUAGCCACAACAAUAGGAGAAGGUGGAAGUUUUGGUGAACUUGCAUUAAUAUACGGAACUCCUCGUGCUGCAACUGUUCGAGCAAAAACAGAUGUGAAAUUAUGGGGUAUCGAUAGAGAUUCUUAUCGAAGAAUCCUUAUGGGUUCUACUAUAAGAAAACGAAAGAUGUACGAAGAAUUUCUUUCCAGAGUUUCAAUUUUGGAAUCUUUGGAUAAGUGGGAACGACUCACAGUAGCCGAUGCUUUAGAACCAGUGGCAUUUGAUGAUGGUGAGACUAUAGUUCGACAAGGUGAACCAGGUGAAGAUUUUUAUAUAAUUGUCGAAGGUACAGCUGUUGUUUUACAACAGCGUUCAGAAGGUGAAGAAUUAGCGGAAGUUGGUCGUUUAGGACCAUCUGAUUAUUUUGGUGAAAUUGCAUUAUUAUUGGAUAGGCCAAGAGCAGCAACUGUUGUUGCGCGAGGUCCUUUAAAGUGUGUAAAACUCGAUAGAGCAAGAUUUGAACGAGUUUUAGGACCGUGUGCAGAUAUUUUGAAACGUAACAUCACCCAGUAUAAUAGUUUUGUGUCCCUAUCCGUAUAAAUUACUGUAUCAGCGAUAUUAUCAGCCUUUAAUUUCUUUUUAGUACGUUUCAUUAUUAACAUUUAUCAUUAUUAACAUUUUUUAUUUGAAUAAUGUAAGUAAUUGUAUCAUAUCAAAUAACGAUAUAGUCGUGUUAAGAAUUAUAUGUGUUAAAUAAUAUAUAAUUGUUUAUUAAAUUUAUACUUAUCAUAUCAUAUUACGAUAAAUGAUAAUUUGAAGGUUUCAUACAACUUCGUACAACAAAUCUAAAUUUUAUUAAAAAAACUUUUUUAAAAUUUACAAAAAUACUAUUAUUAAAUAAUUAAAUUUAAAUUUAGCUUAAAUGAUUCUUUUAAAAUUCAAAAACAUUAUCUUUCUUCUUUGCGAAUUUUUUUGUUAUACAAAUUUUUAUUGUUUAUUGCAACUGAUAUAUUUUUGCAAAAACAUAUAUAAUUCUUAUAACGCAAAAUAAUUAAAUUUCGUAAUAUAUCAGGUUAUUACGUACUUUGUAACUUGCUAUACAGGCGUCAUAAAGAUCAAAUCUUAGCUACUUUUACACAAAUAUUUCUUUAAAAUACUCGAAACCUGUGAAAGUAUUUGGAAAUAAUUUAAUAACUGUAAUUCCAUUUGACAAGUUUUUUCGACCUUUAAUGAAACGAAUAAAAAAAAUAUUAUUAUGUUAUUAAAUCAUAGGUUUUAUUUUCUAUUAUAAUAAUAUUUUUAUUUAUUUUAAAUGAAAUUUUAAAUGAAUUUUAUAGUUUUGGAAACAUAUGAAGUAGAAUUAUUAUGUAUAUUACACGAUUAUAUAUAUUACACGCAAUGAUUAAUUUAUACAUAUAUGAGAUCAGAAAAAAAAAUUAUAAAAAGAAAUAUAUAAUUUAAAUACUUAUGUGCCGAUGAAUUUAAAAACUAAAAUUCAGCUGUAACAUCGCACAAUUUUAUUGGCAAUUUAUGCACAAGAACUGAUUAAAAAAAUUCUAUAUUAAGUAAUUGCGUUAAUUGCUUAUACAAUUUAUCAUAUUGUAAAUUCAAUAAAAAAGCAGGUUUUGAUCAUUAUGAAAUUAAUUAAUUAAAA